AUGUAUAUAUAUUUCAGCGUUGGCGACUUCGUUGCCGUAGGCGAUCUGAUUGUGAAGUGCAUUAACAUUCUUCGAAAUACUCAGUCCGAGCACCAGGAGCUUAUUCGCGAGCUUGAGAGUCUCAAACAAGCCCUGAGCCAGGUAGACAAGCUCAAGGGCCGUGGAGACCAAGCCGUCGCCAUCGAUCAAAUCAAGUGCGCUGCCCUGACCUGCAAGUAUCCGCUCGAACAGCUCUUGGCCAAAAUUCAAAAAUAUGAAAAGAGCUUGGGCCCAGGAAAGUCGGUUGCCAAAGUCAGAGAUGCCGGUAGGAAAGUUUGUUGUGCGUUGGGAAAGAAGGAUGAGGCCAACAGGCUACGGAAUUAUUUCAACCUGCACAUUUGGACGAUCAAUAUGCUCAUGUUACAAGAAGGCUUGGAAAGGCUUGAUGUUGCUUCAGAACAGAGCGACAAGAAUCAAGAAGACACUAAAGACGGAAUUGAGGGUUACUCUAGAGAGCUUAAAGAGGUAAAAGGUAGAACAUCGCUACUGAAGGCUAUGUCAACCUACCCGUACGACACAUUGAGAGCGAAGAGACUCGUUGAAUGUGGAGCUGACGUUCAUGCAAAAGACUCCGUGGGAACGACUGUUCUUCACUACGUUCAGAGCUCAAGCGAAGGACUUCUGCAGCAGUUUCUGAUCACUGGGGUCUGUGCCGGCGAGCUCAUGCUGCGAAGCAAGCCGAGAGGGAUGAUGAGGCCGAGAACUUAUGUGGGGGAAGAGAAAUGCAUGUAG